AUCCAUCGCAAAAUGUUGCUUUACCAAUGGUUUCCAAUCAUGCAUUGCUCCUGGCUAGCUGGCACCCGGCCCUCAAGCCCAGGAGUCCGAAUCGUGCACGGCAUUCUUUGACACCUGACCAAUUCUCAUAGAAUCAAUUUCACUUUUUUCCAACUAAGCAAUCGAAUCAAGAACAGAAUAAGCUUCAGCAAGCAAGAACUAACUAAUCAAGAAGCAAUGAUGUUUGAACGCCCCAGCCUAGUCCGCAAGAGACUCGCAAUGCCAAGCAGCUACGCUGUUCCGAAAGGAGUGGCAAUGGAACAAUUGGUUGAAUAUGGAGGCCACUAUGAGCUCCAAAAGUCCUGCCCCAAAGAAAUGAUGGCGCUCCUAUCCCGAACCAAAGCACAGGAGACCUACAGCAGGUUUAUGGAUUGCAUUUUCAAGGACAAAUCAACUCGUGUGGGUCUGUUUGGAAGGUGGGACUUGGAUCGGUUUGCGGCCGUCAUGGAACAGUUCGAAGCGGAAUUUGCCCUCCAUGGGAUCAAGGUUGUGCUAUGCGAGCUCCAAAUAUCAAAGAGCUCCUAUCUGUGGCUGGAAUACAUUGAUCUGGGCGUCAAUGACCACUACGUCCCUCCCUACAAUGUCGCGAACCAGUCCUCCACGCAGGAAAUCAAGACCCACUCUAGUCAGCUCAAGUUCCCAAACGGGGUAGCGAUCGAGCAGUUUGGGUACGGCCACAAGCAACUGGAGGAACAGGCAAGUCCUGAUCUGGCCGCCCUGCUGAAAGAACGUGGUCUGAUGACAGAGUACAACAAGAUGGUGGAUCAAUGCAAUGAAUUUGCAUUCCGUCGGGGUUAUGGGGACGUUCGCAAACUGAGGGUAAUUGUCUUACAGUACCAGGCUGCCUUCGCGGCCGAGGGGAUUGAUAUUUUCAUUUGCCAAAAGAAAGAGACUGUAGUUUGCAAAACUUGCAUCUUUCGAUGGCUGGAGUUUGUAGAUCGGUCCCAACAACCUGAUUACCGGCCCCUUGACUGUUAUUACCAGCCCCCAAUUGCUGGCCUGCGGUUUGGAGGAAAGGUGUCCAAAAACAAGAAUUCUCCAGCUAGAAGGCCCUAG